AUGGGUUGUUGUCAAUGCAAACCAGAGUUUAGAGAGCUCUACCAAUUAAGCCCAGCUACAAAUAUUCAGCUCACAUCAGCUUUUACAUUUAAAGAUGCAGAUUCUUUUGACGAUAUUAGCAUUCCUUCGCAUGACAACAGUAUUAUAGUUAGUACAAUUCCUAACGAUCCAUCGUAUACUAAUCAAAAUACUGCAAGAUCACCUCCAGAAACACCAAGGCCGAGGUCUACAAGUUAUUCACCAUUGGGCAGGAAAAGCGAUUUAGAGACUGCAUUUCUGUUUAGUGGUCCUAUUUUUACAAAACAGAAUCUAGAUAAUGAUGGGGUGAAAAAUGAGAUUCCUUUGCCAAGCAGAGAAGAAAGAUUGAGAAUCAAGCUUUCUUAUUGGAAAAGAAGAAGCUUUACCGGUGUUUUUGAUAAGAAACAGGAAAGUUUGGCAAUUAAUGAAAUAGUCAACGAAUUAGAGAAGAAGUUUUCAAAAGAAAAUGACGAAGAUGGUGGGUAUGAAGAAUUUCAAGAUAAAGUUUAA